CACCUGUUUCCAAGGGAAUGCCAGACACGCGACACUUCCUGUCCCCCUCGGCGCAAUGCCUUUCUGAUCCUUUACAUGUCCGUCUCGAUUGACAGAUACGAAUCACCCAGUCGCCCAUGCCGUCGCCUGUGAUCCGGGGUCGGGAAUGCUAUUCUUUUGGUGGCCAUCUUCGGCCGACCUAGAUCGGACUGCAAAGUCCUUUUCGAUGACAUGGACUUUACUCUACUGGUCACUACUACACAUAUGUUGCUCUUUGUGCAUGAGCGAUGAUGUGGUUUCUGAUCUACGACAGGAGACACGAGCCAUCUUCUACCAUGGCUACGACAAUUACAUGAGAUAUGCCUUUCCCGAAGACGAACUGCGCCCGCUGAGCUGCAGUCCGCUUGUCCGCGAUCGCGCGAAUCCAGCGCACAUAGAAGUCAACGACGUUCUCGGAAACUACUCCCUCACCCUUAUCGACAGUCUAUCCACCCUCGCCAUUCUCGCGUCAUCCCCACCCCCGGGACAGAAGCACAACAAGGCAUUGCAAGACUUCCAAGAUGGCGUCGUGCUCAUUGUUGAAAACUACGGCGAUGGGACGAACACAUCCUCUGGAGUGGGGAAGCGAUCGCGUGGUUUCGAGCUUGAUAGCAAAGUCCAAAUCUUUGAGACUGUCAUCCGUGGGCUGGGUGGACUUUUGAGCGCACAUCAAUUCGCGGUCGGAGACUUGCCAAUCCGAGGGUAUGAUGCCGGUGUUCAAGACCACGAGGGCACGAGGGGUAUACGUUGGAACAAAGGCUUCGUUUAUGACGGCCAGCUGCUCCGUCUUGCGCACGAUCUAGGACGUCGACUUCUACCUGCCUUCUCUACGCCCACGGGGAUCCCAUACCCCAGAGUGAAUCUCAAGCACGGAGUACCAUUCUACCUGAACUCUCCCCUCAACAACGCCGCAGAGUUUGGUCAGUGCGAAAAGGGGGCCCCUGAAUCUCCAGAAAUCACCGAAACAUGUAGCGCUGGCGCAGGCAGCCUGGUUCUAGAGCUCACGACUCUGAGUAGGCUGACAGGAGAUUGGAGGUUCGAGAUUGCUGGAAAGCGAGCUUUCUGGGCCGUCUGGGAGCGCAGAAGUAGCUCUGGCUUGAUCGGUUCUGGAAUCGAUGCCGAAACAGGCCGUUGGAUGUCUCCUUAUACGGGAGUAGGAGCUGGCAUAGAUUCCUUCUUUGAGUAUGCCUUCAAGUCAUACAUUUUCCUUUCCGGUGUGGACUUUGAGCCGAAUGGGACUGUUGACUCGUCCGCCGCAUUCCUCCAUACCUGGCAAGAUGCCCAUCAAAGUAUCAAGCGACACGUCUAUCGAGGGGCUGCCUUUCAACACCCCCACUAUGCGCAAGUGGACUUGUACACCGGCGCACUACGCGCAUACUGGAUUGACAGCCUCAGCGCUUAUUACCCCGGGCUUCUGGCCCUGGCCGGAGAAUUGGACGAGGCUAUUGAAACACACCUCUUGUAUACAGCCUUGUGGACAAGAUUUUCAGCGAUUCCCGAACGAUGGUCUACUUCUUCUGGCAACAUCGAGGCAGGCUUGAGAUGGUGGGGAGGUCGUCCUGAAUUCAUCGAGUCGACAUGGUACCUGUAUCGCGCCACUCAGGACCCAUUUUACCUCCACGUUGCUGAGAUGACACUCCGCGAUAUUAAGCGAAGAUGCUGGACGAGGUGUGGCUGGGCAGGUCUACAGGAUGUUCGGACGGGAGAAUUGAGCGACAGGAUGGAGAGCUUCUUUCUCGGUGAGACAGCCAAGUACUUGUUCCUGCUGUUUGACAAGACCCAUCCUCUGAAUACGUGGGAUGCGCCGUUUGUGUUCACUACGGAAGGCCAUCCACUCAUUAUACCCAAAGAGCAGAGGAGGAUGUCAAAGUUUCGAGCAAAAGCUGCAAUGACAGAAGACGUUGAAAUGGCUCUCGCAGAAGAGACGUGCCCUCUGCCACCUCCGGUGCAGCCUUUCAGUCUUUCAGCAGCGGCAGCUCGGCCGGAUCUCUUCCAUGCUGCGAGCCUUGCAAGGCUUCAUCUAAUGCCUAGCAUCGAGACAGUCGACUCGCCUCUUGUCGAGUUCUCAUCGGAUCAUCCCAGCAUAUCCGUGUCUGACCUUCAUUCCCCUUCAAAUUACUCUUACUAUCCGUGGACUUUACCCAUGGAACUGGUCCCUUGGAACGCCACAAGCUCCCGGAUGGCCACCCGCUCAACAUUUGAUCUGGCAUUUCCAAACAUGCUCAACACCGCGUUGACUGUACAGCCACUGCAAAAGGUUGUGAAUGGCUAUCUGGUCCGAUCUCUGAGCGGAGUGCGUCUUGGUAUGGUUCGCGAGGGAGGCGUGCACGGCACUUCAUUCGACAUGCCAGAGGCAUUUCGCAUCUACACGGUCUCCAACUUUCUGCUUGGCCGAGAUGAGCAGGUAUUCGUGGAGAGGGACGCAGUGAGCAGCUUUGACCCCGCUGAUGCGCACUUUACGAAACUUCGAGAUUCCGUGAAUCUUGACGUAAUAAUAGAUAUAAAAACACCACAGCAACGCGACCCAGAGCCUUCCGCCGAGGCCGAAGUCGACGGCCCAAACGAUAACCUGACCGACUCGAUCUUGUUCGACGAAUCAGGCCUCCUAUCAGAGCUCGACAUCGACCUUGAGAAUGCGGACGUCGAUGGCCCGUCCCUACUCAGCAGUCUGCUCACCAACAUCCAAAACCUCCUCGCAUCGUCCACUUCCCGGCCUCAGUCAACCACCAAAGCUCGCGCGCCAGACACCACGCGUUCAGCUCUCAUCGCAGCCAUGCCAACAGGACCCGGGGCCGCCCCGCUCCCGGACGUCCCGGACAUUGACUACGUGUACCGAAAAGACCGCCUCCCUCCCUGGCGCACGAUAUACCUCGCCGACAACCUAUGCACGACGAAACUCUCCCGCUCCGUCCCGCGCACCCACCAAGUCCUCGUCAUCCGCCGCGGCGGCUGUAGCUUCAGCCAGAAGCUGCAGAACAUACCCGCGUAUGCGCCGUCCCCCUCCUCGCUCCAGCUGGUCAUUGUGGUGUCGUUUCCAGAGCACGAGGAGAGACGCCAGGGCGCGGACGAUGACGACUCGCUCAUUCAGCCGCUGCUUGACGUGCAGCAGCUCACGCCUUCGGGCAUUGUGCGGCCGCAUCCGAUUCCGAUGAUUAUGGUUGGCGGUGGCGAGGAGACGAUGACGCGCUUUGGUAGGGCGCAGGGCGUGGGUGUGCGGCGGAGGUUUCAUUAUGCUAGCCAGGGACUGCGGAUUGCGAAUCUGGUUGUACUAUAGGGCGGUUCGUGAUGUGGAUGGAGUAUUGUAUGGGGAUGUUAUAUGAUUAUAGAGCAAUGAGUUAUGUUGAGUAAGAUUUUGAAACACAACGCUUGCAGAUCGAGUGUAGGCUCUCAAGAUACACAAAGGGAACAUGCAAGGGAAGAGGUGUGUGACGUAGACCUCCCUACGGUGCGAUCACAGAUGAUAGAAGACCAUUGUGCUUGCUAUCUGUCAAUUCAGGGGGUGUAUUGAGGAGCGUAAACAGCCUACUCUUGGCAAAUCGAGAACAACAUACAGAGCCCGUUUUAUCCAUUCAUGUACAUGUCAAGUACCGACCGACAAGAAAAGUUCUCAAUAGGACCUGACGCUCGACUAUCUGUAAAUGAAUAAGAUUAUCCAACGUCAAAAAUCAAUUUACA